AUGCGUCCCCACAUAUUGAGUUUAUAUGUUAAGGAGAACCUGUCUCUGGAAGACGUUGCUUCCUCUAUGAAGGCCGUCUAUGGUUUUGAUGCAAGUGCCCGACAAUAUAGGGAGAAAUUAAGCAAGUGGAAGAUUGUGAAGCACGUUCCUGCUCAGAUUAUGCGCAGUGCAGCUCGAAAGCUUUACGAGAAACCCAAGCGGCAUGGAUUUAAGUAUAAGCAAAGAGCAAUAUCAGUCGAAGACAUCAAUCGAUUCGAGUGUCGCAAUGCGGGAUUCAACCCAGCAUCCAGCCCAACAAUUUCAACGUCGUCCGAAAUGCAGUGGGACACCAGCACUAGCACUGACGGCAGCACAACUCCUCAAGCUGGAACUCCUCGAUCACUCGGUGUCAACGAAAGGCCUCUUGACACUACGGGCACAGAUAUUGCGGUCCCUCUACUAUACCUUUCACUCGAACAGACGCAGAGAAGCUAUCUAGGCUGUGUUCAAGCGCACGACACAGAUGCCCAAAAUCAGGAGAGAUAUCAACAUUCCAGUGUCAAGCCCCAGUGGCCCAGUCGAGAUAUUAGUGCCCAGUUCGACGGACUAAACUCACACUCUGAGUCUUUGCUUACAGAUGCAUAUGUGAUGGGCGCGAUCAGACCAUCCCGAAUCAAAUCUUUGGAGAACUCUUCAAUUGGCUUUCGUACCUCAAGGAGAUCUGAGGAGGACAUGCUGUCCAUCUUCAAGGCCGAGCUGGAAAAGCUCGAGGCCAGGAAGUUUCAGAAAGAACGAACAAGUCUUCAAGCCAGGUGUCACACGCGGACCUCGUGUUGCAACAAAGACUUGUGGGCGUGUUGCGAAUGUGGUCGCGGUCCGCAAAUGCCCAUUGUACACGCCGGGUGUCCAAUGUGUGGGCAUUGGCACUGCAAGAAUUGUCGUACUCGGGGGAAUAAUAUCCCUCCUCCAUUAGCCUCGAGCCAUUAA